AUGCAUUUCUCUUUUGAAACAAUCCCAACCUUUGUGUGGGUAUUCAUAGCUAUCUAUAUUGUUCAUUGGAUUAAUAAGCCAAGAUUAAGUAAAAAUGAACCUCCAAUGGUUUCUUAUAAAAUUCCAAUUAUUGGACAUACAUUGGAUUAUUUAUUUAAUGCCGAAAAUUUUUUGGCCAAAUGUAGACAACAAUACGGUGAUCCUUUCAAUAUAUAUGUAUUUGGUCAAGUGACUACUAUAGCUGGAAAUGAAUUUGCUCAUGAAGUUUAUAGGAGCGAUGUCUUUAGCAAGGAAAGCGCUUCACAAGAUUCAUUUCCUUUGCAUCGUGUUUUAAAAAUUCUUGAGUAUCCUGAAACAUCUGAUCAAUUUAUCAAAACAGUACGUGAACAAUUUGUUGCAAAAUUACCUUUAUACACUGGAAGAAUGCAAAAACAACUUAUGAUUUCUAUUAAUAAAGAAAUUGGAGAUUGUUCUAAUCCUAAAUUAAUUAUCACGACGAAUGGUAUUUUCUCAAGCAUAAUCGCUCGUCCAAUAGCUGAUACUUUGGUUGGACAGGAAAUAUCAAAAAAUGAAGACGUGGUCAAAGCUUUUGCUGAUUUUACCAAAGAUUUUAUAUCAAUUCUCAGACACGUUAUUACUUUAAAGAAACAUUUGAAACCCGUAUUAGAAAAAAGAUUGAAAGAUAAAGAAAUUCUUGGUGAUAAAUAUGAACCACCUCUAGAUACAAUCGAAUAUCUUUUGAAUGAUCCUGAAUACGGAACAAAAGUUAUUACUGAUGAUUACUUGAAUAAAAUCUGUGAAUUUGUAUAUGUUAUUGUUGUUGCCUCCAUUUUCACUAGUGCUCAUCAUAUUGCUUUUGCUCUUUAUGAUUUUGCAGGUAGACCGGAAUUAUGGGAUGAUAUUUACGAAGAACAAGAAAGAAUUGAUAAAGAAUGUAACGGAGAAUUAUCACCUCAACAUAUUAACAAAAUGGUGAAAUUGGAUAGUUUUGUGAGAGAAUCUUUAAGGACUGGUGGCUCUGCGUUGAUGCACAUUCCCCACAAAUGUUUGGAAUCUUAUACAUGUAAAAAUGGCAUGACAAUUCCAAAAGGUCGAAUGGUUAAAACUUAUUUAAAGGAUAUUCAUUACAAUGCCACAGCAUAUGGACCAGAACCAAGGUCAUUCCUACCUUAUCAUGGUUUGGAAAAUAAAUUUCCUGCAACAAAAAUUGAUAAAAAUUAUUUUGUAUUUGGUUCAGGAAAACAUGCUUGUCCAGGAAGAUUUUUUGCUGUAAAUGAAAUUAAAAUUGGUAUGCAUAAAUUAAUUUUAAAUUAUCACAUUAAGACACCAAGUGGAAAGAUUGAAAAAAAGGUACAUUUAGGACCUUUGACUUUGCCACCAGUUGCUGGAUUAAUUUUUGAGAAUAGAAAAAAAUAG